AUGGAUAACCACAUUCCGGGUGACCGAAGUGAUGUGUUUGCCGGCUUCGCCACGACAUUCAAGUCGUUCGCAACCGACGCCAUCCACGUCGGCCAGGAGCCGGAGCAGUGGAACUCCAGGGCCGUAGUGCCGCCGAUAUCGCUUUCGACCACGUUCAAACAGAGCCAACCCGGAAAGCACGCUGGCUAUGAAUACAGCCGCAGUGGAAACCCAACACGAGAAUGCCUUGAAAAGGCCGUAGCAGCGCUGGAUGGAGCAAAGUACAGCCUUGCUGUGGCUUCAGGGCUGGCUGCCACAUUGACCAUCACUCACCUGUUGAAGGCCGGAGAUGGAAUUGUUUGCAUGGAUGAUGUGUAUGGAGGCACAAACCGCUACUUCCAAAAAGUGGCAGCUGAAUUUGGGCUACAGAUCACCUUGGUUGACUGUACCAAACUAGAGCUACUCAAGGCAGCCCUAAAGCCCAACACUAAAAUGAUUUGGAUCGAGACGCCCACUAACCCCACUAUGAAGGUUGUCGACAUUAAGGCAUGCUCCGACUUGGUGCAUGAUCACAACAAAGACAUUGUGGUCGUGGUGGACAAUACAUUCAUGUCUGCCUACUUCCAGCGUCCUUUGGCUUUGGGAGCCGAUAUUUGCAUGUACUCAGCCACCAAAUACAUGAACGGUCACAGUGAUGUAGUUAUGGGGCUGAUGUCAGUCAACAAAGAGAAACUUUAUGAUCGACUGAAGUUUCUACAAAAUGCACUAGGUUGCGUACCAUCUCCUUUUGACUGCUACCUGGUCAACCGUGGACUGAAGACGUUGCAUCUGCGCAUGGAGUGCCACUUUAAGAACGCCAUGGCCGCGGCAAAGUUUUUAGAGGCAGAUUCUAGAGUGGAGCGUGUCAUCUACCCAGGUCUGCCCUCUCACCCACAGUAUGAAGUUGUGAAAAGGCAAUGCACCGGUUGUCCUGGAAUGAUCACCUUCUACAUUAAAGGGAAACUUGAACACGCCUCCACCUUUCUCGAAAGUCUCAAAUUGUUUGCUGUGGCAGAGAGUCUCGGUGGUUAUGAAAGUUUAGCAGAGCAUCCGGCAAUUAUGACUCAUUCGUCUGUGCCUGAGAAGGAAAGGAACAUCUUGGGUAUUAGUGACACUCUGAUUCGGCUCUCUGUGGGGCUGGAGGAUGAGGCAGACAUAAUUGCUGAUCUGGAUCAAGCGCUUGCUGCUGCUGGUCUUUAGUGAUAUUUUUUUGCUGCAGAAAGACAUCAAAGUCUUUGCAAGGCCAGCAGAUGGCUCCUCCACAAGAGUCUUCCCAGAAACCUCUUCUCAGAGACUCAGAAAAAGAUGUUCAGAUCAGAAUUGGAAAAAACGCUGGAGUCUUACAACGCCUCUAUCAGUAUGUCUACAAAGCUGCACCUCUUUAUGUCAGUGGUCAUACCUACGGUGACCAAUGCUUGUGAGACGUGGAUGAAGAAAGCCAGAAUCACCACCCAACUGGAUGUCUUCCACAGACUGUGCCUCAGAUACAUCCUGAGGAUCCGUUGGAGAGACCACAUCCCCAAUGAAUGA